AUACUGCUGCCCAUCGGACCGGUGGUCCCCUCUGGCCGCCUUCAUCUAGGCUUCCCCGCGAGAGAGCGGGAGCUGCGGGAAAGAGAGAGGCCCCGGAAGAGGGGUGCGCGUCCAGCGUCUCACAGGGUCUUUUGGUGUCCCGUGGAGAGGAUCGGACCUGCGGCUCUGUGGUGACUGCCGGAGCUUUGCCUUUUAAGCCUCUUGGAGGUGCUUGGUGCCCCUUACUUUUUUCUCUCUCUGCCCUAGCUGCGCUCCGGGAGAGCUGACACCGGGAAAGCAGUGUUUUCAGAAUGUCAUCAGGCAUCCAAAUAAAACCUAAGACUGCAGUACAGAAGAGCAAGACAUCUCCUUUGCCACAUUCUCCACAACCCGCAACUAAACCAAAGCCUAGUGACAAGCUGAAUCCUAAAACUAUUGAUCCGUUUGGUGCUUAUUCUCGACCAACUUCUGCAUUUGCUGCUAUAUACGCUAAAGGUGGCAUUCCGUGCAGGUUAGUGCAUGGAUCAGUAAAGCACAGAUUGCAGUGGGAAUGCCUUCCUGAAACUGUUCCCUUUGAUCCUCUUCUUGUGACAUUGGCAGAGGGUCUGAGAGAAACAAAACAUCCCUAUACGUUUGUUUCAAAGGAGGGUUUUAAAGAAUUACUUAUGAUUGAUGGUGCUACUGAAAAAGCAGUUCCCUUACUACCUCGUCUAGUUCCAGUCUUAAAGGCUGCACUGGCCCAUUCAGAUGAUGAAGUAUUUGGAAGAGGAUUGGAUGCUUUAGUUCAACUGAGUGCUGUGGUUGGCCCAUCUCUUAAUGAUCAUCUUAAGCAUCUACUCACAAAUCUUUCAAGGAGAUUAAUGAACAAGAAAUUUAGAGAAAAAAUUACUGCUGCUUUACAGAAGUUGGAGCAAUAUGGUGGAAAGGCGGCUACGGCUAUCAUCAAAUCUAAAAUUCCAACACAUUGUUCUGUCUCCUCUUAAACAAGAAAACUGUAGCAAUUUGUACUGUAAAGUGAAGUUUGGAAAGAAACUGCCUGUGAAUGUCACUGACACUUAUUUGGGGUACGGUAUAAUCUCUUAAAAUAAUCACAACUCCUCAGUAUGAUGGAGAGUGGGAAAAGUCCUAUCAAUUUAUGAAUAUGUAAUUAUGGAAGACAACUUAAAAAAAGUCUCUCUGUAUUGGCUGCUGUUCGCAUAUGCAUUGUGCUUACAAUGACAUUGACUAACUGGCUAUUAUUUCAAAAGCAGAGUAAAUAUUGAUUCUUAUUUUGUUGUAAAUUACAAUGUCCUUUAAUAUGUCAGCAGCUUUUAAUGUUUUGUACAUGUGUGAUGCAAAAUAAUUUGGCUUUAAUUACUAAAAUAGUAUCUUAUAUAUGUACACCCACUUUUCAGACACAUAACUUACUUUGUGCUGCAGGCACAGCUGAUGCAUUUUGGGUUCAUCAGGACUUACUGGGUUAGAUGUAGAGCUAUGAGAAAUCAUCUGGACUUCUUGAGAGUCAGCUUUUAAAGGUAUGAAUGAGAACACACUAAACAGGUAGCAUGCAGUGCUACUUGAACUUGCUCAGUGCAUUAUCAGCACAUUGUUUUGAGAAGCUGGAGAAGUUUUGGAGAACACAAUGCAGAGACAUCAGGUUGCUCCAUAGAGCCACAGCCUAGGUUUUGCUCAACCAAUUAUUUCCAGUUAGCUGAAAAUCCAGUUAGCUGGCCUACUGAAUGUAAGCAAGAUGUAUCAGGCAACUUUGGAGUAUUUACAUUGUGCGCCCUUUGCAUUAAGUUCUGUAAUGCCACAGAUGUGCUUAAGACCAGCCUGUGAAUUCAGCACCAGGCAAGCUAAUACACUUCUGAAUGUAGAAGCUAUAAAA